UAUUCACGUAGGAGAUGAAAAUGAAACAAUAUAUUUAAAAUAUAUAUUUAACAAAAGCUGUCCCCUUUGUAUAGUCCUACGUCACUCCGGUUAUGUCCCCGACAUUACCCACCCGUCUUUUUCUAGAGCCUGAUCGAAGGGUCGAAGUUGCACCCCUCAUCGUUCAAGAAAUUGAAGAACAUUUGAGAAGUAUAGACAAAAGCAUAGCAAAACAAGCUGACCGGCUCGCUAAAGAAGGGUGAAGAGGCUCCAUUACCAGCACGGGUAUACCUUGUAUGAACGAACCAUCCGAUUUUCCUCACUUGGGAGGCUGGGUGAAAUCAGAAUAGGGAUAUAGCUUCGAAAAAUAAAAGCAUCGACCGUUAACAGGAAGGACGCAACCAAGACAUAAACAAAGAAUUAUCUCCUGCCUUCGUACUGAACAUUCGUUGCUGACUCACAAUUGCCUUGCAAAAAAGAACUCGCCUGGCCGUGAGACAUAUUCUCACGAAAUAUAUGCGAACUGCGGACUUUCGAAAGCGGUACAACUUGAGCGAAGGCUUUGAUGUUGUCUUAGAAAACGAUGCACGGUGAAGAAAGAAAUAUUUUCGAUUUCCUCAAAAAUUUUGAUGCGGUAAGGUUUGAUGGUUAAUAUCCCGGUACCUUGUGUGGUACCUGGAUACAAUCCUGGCACUGAUUAGGUGAGAGUGAGAGAGGUGAAUACGGGUCUGGGGAGAACUGUCAGAGGGAGAUUAUUCGAUAUAGGGAUUUGGAGAAAAUAAAAAGCGUGUUUUGUACUGGUAAAAUAAUUGGCUGUUAUUUAACUUAUUGAGUUAUUUAAAAUAUCACAUUGGCGACUGAGGAAAACUGGAAAACGUUGAGAAGAGGUAAGAAUCCGAUUUUUCAUCAAAACAGUGUUUUUCAAGAAGAAAUAGAUGUUCAUUAGAAAACGAGGAAAAUAUAGGUUAUGUUACAUUUUUUUUUCGUCAGAAUUGCUAUACUACACCAAAGUAGUGGCUGCUGGAAGCAGCGGAUACUGUAUGCUACCAAAGAGUAGCGGCUGAUUUUCAGCGGUCAAAUAGAAGACUACCGAUCGGGUAGUGGCUGUUCAAAACAGCGGUAGGUUACCAAAGGGUAACGGCUGUAGUGAAACAGCGGAAAUUGCCACGAGUAUUAACGUGAGAAGGCUACCGGGUGUAGCGGCUGUGAAGCAGCGAAUAAAUGCCAAAAAGGCGAAGUGGAUUCCGUACGGAACGGAAAGCUAUUUAGAAAUAACGGCUCGCAUAGCGAUAGAGAACAAAAGAAGUUUAAAGUGGAGAAUCGACAAAUUGAUGCUACCUCCAAAUUGUCACGAUGGACAAGUGGGAAUUUAACCCAUUUAGUUUCAAAUCCUUGCAUAGGAAUACGGUGCGUGACGAGUGGAUGAAAUAUAAGCGGAAUUUCGAUUACGUCGUCACGGCCACUGGUGAAACCGAUAAAGAUCGUAUCCGAAACAUUUUCCUCGCAAAGGGCGGGCCGGAUCUUCAAGAAGUGUUUGCGUCCAUUCCUGGAGCUGACGAGCCGAAGAACGGAAUCGAUUCAUACGCGGUAGCUAUUGAAAAACUUGACACCUACUUUGCACCCAAGCAACACGAUACGUUUGAGCGUAAUCUGUUCUGGACAUUGAAACCGGAUCCAGAAGAGACCCUGGUGAAGUUUACGCUCCGUUGCCAAGAGCAAUCAACUAAAUGUGACUUCGGGAAGUCUUCUGAAGAGAGGAGAUCCAUCAGCGUUAUCGAUAAAAUUAUUUUGUUUGCUCCAAGUGAUUUAAAAGAGCAAUUAUUGCAAAAGGAUAAUCUAAAAAUUGAUGAAGUCAUGAAAAUAGUGAGCUCAUAUGAAUCGGUCAAACAUCAGGCUCGAACAAUCAGUUGCUCCGCUAGUGGUUUUUCUGAGAAUGCUAUAUUGAGUCAAGAGGCAACCAGCUCUGUCAACAGGAUUCGACCUUCGACUUCGAGGGAGUGCAUACGUUGUGGCAAAGUGGGCCACUAUGCGUCCGAUCCUAAGUGUCCAGCGAGAGAUAAAGAAUGCAAUAAAUGCAAGCGCUUCGGACACUUUGCAAAUCAAUGUCGAACAACCGGUUCAGUGAAGCGUAAAUUCGAGGGGCCCAAAUUCAGUAACAAACACCCACGACAGGAACGGAUUCGUGAAAUAAGAGCUAAUACUGAACGACAAGAAGAUGUGAAGGAUAAAAGCUUCAUAUUCAAUAUUUCGGAUGGUGACGAACUAAUUAGGAUGUCUGUAGGAGGCAUAUUGCUGCAACUAAUGGUCGAUUCGGGGUGCAAGAGGAAUAUCAUUGAUGAACAAUCUUGGAAGUACUUAAAAGCAAACGGCGUUGAAAUUUGGAACCAGAAGAAAGAGUGCGAUGAAGUAUUCCUUCCAUAUGGCGAGAAUGCGAAACCCCUGACGGUACUAGGCUCAUUCGAUACUUCUAUUACGAUUGAAGAUGUUGGAAAGAUAACGGAAAAGGUAGCUACGUUUUACGUAAUUCGAGGAGGUCAACAGUGUCUUUUAGGCAGGACAACUGCUACCGAGCUAGGUGUUCUCUUCGUUGGCUUGCCCAGUACUCGUGGUGUUAAUGCAGUAAAGGUUGAGGAAAAACGUUCGUUCCCGAAAAUCAAAGGGGUUAAGGUAUCUAUACCGAUUGAUAAAACCUUCCCACCUGUGUGCCAAAACCCAAGACGACCCCCAAUAGCUUUGAUGGCGAAAAUCGAGGACAAGUUGAACUCCCUCUUGGCGAACGAUAUAAUUGAACCAGUGGAGGGUGGUUGUCCAUGGGUAUCACCUUUAGUUACUGUCAUCAAAGAUAAUAGUGACAUACGCUUGUGCGUUGAUAUGCGUCGGGCAAAUGUUGCUAUUCUGCGAGAAAGGCAUCUGAUGCCCACAAUUGAUGAUUUUCUUCCACGGUUCGCUGGUGCGAAGUACUUUAGUCGCCUCGAUAUUAAAGAGGCAUUCCAUCAGGUAAAACUUGACGAGGACAGUCGAUAUAUAACGACCUUCAUCACCCACAUGGGCCUAUUGCGCUACAAGCGCCUUAUGUACGGGAUUGUAAUCGCUCCAGAGAUAUUUCAGAGGAUACUUGAGCAAGUUUUGAGCCGGUGUAGCAAAAACGCCGUGAACUUUAUUGACGACAUAUUGAUUUUCGGUAAGGUCGAAAUUUAGAUUUAUUCACUUAUUCAUAGAUUUCAAUUAAAUAGUCAUACAUUUAGGUAAGACAGAAGCGGAACAUAACGCGGUGCUUGAGUUGGUACUGUCCACUCUUAAGGAGUUUGGGGUACUACUCAAUCAAAACAAAUGUAUUUUCAACGUCCAAAAGCUGGAUUUCUUAGGACACACUCUUUCUUCACAAGGCAUACAACCCGCUCAGGAUAAGAUUUUGGCCAUCCGGAAAUUCCGUGCGCCUUCCAGUCCGGAAGAAGUUCGUAGUUUUUUAGGCCUCGUUACGUAUAUCGGACGUUUCCUCCCAAAUCUGGCCACCAUCUCCUCUCCUCUUCGAGAAUUAACUUGUUCCGGAGUGAAAUUCGAAUGGGGCGAAAGCCAACAACGAUCGUUCAUCAAAUUGAAAGAGAUGAUUUCGAAUGUAAACCUGCUUCGUUUUUUCGACAAUUCGCUGCGUACUCGCGUCAUUGCAGACGCCUCACCGGUUGCUUUGGGUGCUGUCCUUGUGCAGUUUAAAGGUCUAACAGAUGACAAUCCUCGUCCUAUUUCAUACGCGAGCAAGAGUACCACCCAGACUGAACGUAGGUACUGCCAAACCGAAAAGGAGGCACUAGCUCUGGUUUGGGCAGUUGAAAGAUUUUCUCCGUAUCUAUUGGGGCGUAAAUUUGAACUUGAAACCGACCAUAAGCCACUCGAGGCGAUUUUUCAACCGACUUCACGUCCAUGUCCUCGGAUCGAAAGAUGGGUCCUUCGACUCCAGUCUUUCACGUUCGUUGUUAAAUAUCGAAGAGGAGACAGCAACAUUGCCGACCCGCUUUCUCGAAUGGUUGAACCUGGUAUUACGGAGGAUUUCGAUGCGGAGAAUAAAUUUAUGGUCCUGGCGAUAUUAGAGUCGGCGGCAAUUGACGUAGAGGAAUUAGAAGAAUCUGCAAGAAUUGAUCCAGUCCUAGACCAAGUGAAGAAAUCUCUACAGACGGGGAAGUGGGACGAACCGGACGUGAAGCCGUAUAUACCAUUCAGAAACGAGUUGGGUAUGGUAGGAGAUACUGUUGUUCGUGGAAACAAAUUAGUUGUUCCGUCCAAAUUACGUUCACGAAUGCUUGACCUGGCCCAUGAGGGACAUCCAGGUGAGUCGGUCAUGAAGCGCCUUCUUAGAGAUCGAGUUUGGUGGCCAGGUAUGGACCGUGAAGCCACUAACCGAGUUACAUCAUGCGAAGGUUGCAGAUUAGUUGGACUACCAAAUAGACCGGAGCCUAUGUCACGCCGGCCACUUCCGAGUAAGCCAUGGGUUGACGUGGCCAUUGACUUUCUUGGACCAUUACCAGAUGGUGUGUACUUGCUCGUUAUAAUCGAUUAUUACAGUCGGUACAAGGAGGUGGAAUUGAUGAAUAAGAUUUCAGCCAAGGAGACAGUUUCCAGAUUGGACAAAAUAUUCACACGACUGGGAUAUCCCCGCACAAUUACUUUAAACAACGCCAAACAAUUUGUGGGUACCGAAUUUGAAGAAUACAGCAAGACACACGCAAUUCACCUCAGUCAUUCGACACCUUACUGGCCUCAGGAAAACGGCCUUGUUGAGAGACAAAAUCGAUCGUUGUUGAAAAGGCUUCAGAUAAGUAACG